UACUUGUCCCCAGGGAACCAAACGUCUAUGCUCGUCUGGAUGCGGUCAUUGUGUGUAGACAACUAAUUCAUUUCCACCAGCAGAGCCUUUGCUACUCUGGUUUCUCUUAUCAUUUACUCCACCAAUUUUGCUUCUGUAUUUUUUCUAAAUAUUGUCUGAUCUCAAUCCCUUCAUUACCUAUAUAAUCUAGAAUCUCUCCAUCUCACUGGGGUCCAUAGAGAGCAAUAUAUGUAGUAUACAAAAGGAGAGAUUUUUCCUCCUCUUUUCCUGCCAAGAAUCAAUGGGCAGAUAUUAGUUAUUCAUCAUAUUUAAAAAAAAAAUUAUAGUCCUUGCUAAUUCACUCUACCAGCUUCCAAGCAGAAAAGGUCUCACCCCCACUUCACAGAUGAGGGAAUUAUACUUUCCCAGUGCCAAACAGUUGUAAAACUCAAGGGGGAAACCAGGGUCUUUUGUUUGAUUAUAAAAUGUCUGCACUGCACAGGCAGGUCUUUCAGCUUUGCUGUUUCCGGUUUCCAAACCAGCUCCCAGUCACUGAAGCCCUAGUUAAAGAAGUACUGAUGCUGCUCUAACUUGCAUCAACAGAUUACUCAGCUUCAGUGGCUGUUCCGUCAGCCAGAAUUGUUAGAGUACAUCACACUCCAGACCAACCCACUUCCUCUCCAUGGGUCAAAAGUGUAAGUUGCACUCUGCUGUUACCAGGAUCCAAGUACAAAGACCUGGUUUCAAUUACACAUUUGCCCAUAUAUGUAUCCUGAAUAACGACAAGACUUGCAUAGUGGAUGACAUAGUGCAUGUAUUGGAGGAACUGAAGACCGCUCGUUCUUCUAAUCGAACAAAUUUUGCCAUCACAUAUCCAAUCACUCAUUUAAAGGAUGGCAGGGAAGUGUAUAAUGGGCACCAGCUUGGUGGAGUUACUGUGCACAGCAAAGAUCGGGUGAAGUCUGCAGAAGCCAUUCAGCUCACCUACUACUUGCAGGCAAUCAACUCCCUGAAUGACAUGGUAGCGGAAAAGUGGGAAUCCAUUUUUUGCGACACUGUUGAACUUUUCCAGAAAUCUAACAGGAAAGUCAAAAUGUAUCCCUUCACUUCUUCUUCACUGAAAGAGGAUUUCCAGAAGACUAGCAGGGUGUCAGAACGUUACCUGAUCACGAGUCUAGUACUUGUGGUCAGCUUGGCUAUACUCUGCUGCUCCAUGCAGGAUUGUGUCCGUAGCAAACCUUGGCUUGGUCUCCUAGGCUUGUUAACAAUAAGCCUAGCCACUCUGACUGCAGCUGGAAUCAUUAAUCUAACUGGUGGGAAAUACAAUUCCACGUUCCUGGGAAUUCCCUUCAUCAUGUUAGGUCAUGGGUUAUAUGGGACUUUUGAAAUGUUAUCCUCCUGGAGGAAAACCAGAGAAGACCAACAUGUUAAAGAGAGAACUGCAGCUGUGUUUGCAGACUCCAUGCUCUCCUUUUCUCUCACCACUGCCAUGUACCUGGUCACUUUUGGAAUAGGUGCCAGUCCCUUCACUAACAUUGAAGCAGCCAGGAUUUUCUGCUGCAAUUCCUGUAUUGCAAUUUUCUUCAACUACCUCUAUGUACUCUCCUUUUAUGGUUCCAGCCUGGUGUUUACUGGCUACAUAGAAAACAACUACCAGCAUAGUAUCUUCUGCAGAAAGGUACCAAAGCCAGAGGUAUUGCAAGAGAAGCCUGCGUGGUAUAGGUUUCUUCUGACUGCCAAAUUCAGUGAGGACACAACAGAUUCAGAGGAAACAAACACUUACGAAAGUCAUCUAUUGGUAUGUUUCCUAAAACGCUAUUACUGUGACUGGAUAACAAACACUUAUGUCAAGCCUUUUGUAGUUCUCUUUUACCUUGUUUAUAUUUCCUUUGCCUUAAUGGGCUACCUGCAGGUCAAUGAAGGGUCAGACCUUAGUAACAUUGUAGCAACUGCAACUCGAACCAUUGAGUAUACUACAGCCCAGCAAAAGUAUUUCAGUAACUACAGCCCAGUCAUUGGGUUUUAUAUCUAUGAGUCAAUAGAAUACUGGAACACAAGUGUUCAAGAAGACGUGCUGGAGUAUACCAAGGGGUUUGUGAGAAUAUCCUGGUUUGAGAGCUACUUAAAUUAUCUUAGGAAACUCAACAUAUCUACUGGAUUGCCCAAAAAGAAUUUUACUGAUAUGUUGAGGAACUCUUUCCUGAAAGCCCCCCAGUUUGCCCAUUUUUCAGAGGAUAUCAUCUUUUCCAAGAAAUAUAAUAAUGAAGUUGAUGUAGUGGCUUCCAGGAUGUUCUUGGUGGCCAAGACGAUGGAAACCAAGAGAGAAGAACUUUAUGAUCUCCUGGAAACCUUGAGGAAGCUCUCUCUCACCUCCAAGGUGAAAUUCAUCGUUUUCAAUCCAUCAUUUGUGUACAUGGAUCGUUAUGCCUCCUCAGUGGGAGCCCCCUUACAAAACUCCUGCAUCAGUGCUUUAUUUCUGCUCUUCUUCUCCGCAUUCCUGGUGGCAGACUCUCUGAUCAAUGUCUGGCUCACUCUAGCUGUUGCCUCAGUCGAAUUUGGAGUUAUAGGUUUUAUGACCUUGUGGAAAGUGGAACUGGAUUGUAUUUCUGUGUUGUGCUUAAUUUAUGGAAUUAAUUAUACAAUUGACAACUGUGCUCCACUGUUAUCAACUUUUGUCCUGGGCAAAGAUUUCACAAGAACUAAAUGGGUAAAAAAUGCCCUUGAAGUUCACGGGGUAGCUAUUUUACAGAGCUACCUCUGUUACAUUGUUGGUCUGAUUCCUCUUGCAGCUGUGCCUUCAAAUCUGACCCGUACACUGUUCAGGUGCUUGUUUUUAAUAGCAUUAGUCACCUUCUUUCACUGCUUUGCCAUUUUACCUGUGAUACUGACUUUUGUGCCACCAUCCAAGAAAAAAAGGAAAGAGAAGAAGAAUCCUGAAAAUCGUGAGGAAAUAGAGUGUGUUGAAAUGGUGGAUAUGGAUAGUACCCGAGUGGUUGACCAAAUUACAACAGUCUAACUUGUUUAUUGCUUUUUCACACUAGGUCUUAUUGUCAGAAAAAUAAUUCAUAUUGAUUAAAUAUUAGGUUUUUAUUACUUUUUAUUGCCCCUAAACUGAAACCAAGAAUAUCCAAAAUGGUGGGAGAAAGAAGAAAAAGGAAAUUGUCCCUGGAUUGGUCUCUGCAACAGAAGCAUUGUAAACGAGAAAAUUUCUUCGCAAACCAUGCAAAGAGUGUGAAUUUUAGUCACUUGAGAUAAGAUUCAAUAAGGAAGAUAGGUUGCUAAACGCAGUAUGUUGCCUUGUCUAUACUGGAGAUACUGCUAUUAUUGUUGCUGAGUUCAAUCAAAUUGAAAGGUCAACUGUCAAGGCUGAAGUAGCGUUAAGUGUUCAUCCAGAUGUAAAGGCUUUAUAAACUUUCUGCACAGCAAUAACUCAAGUUAGUGAAUCAGCUCCUGUAGGUCUUAACCAACACAUUUCUGUUCUUUUAUUCCCCCCCCUCCCUCCCCCCGCUGUAUACAUUUAUGCAGGUUUGUAUUACACAUAGCAAAGGGGACAAGGAAAGAAGACUGUACAUAACCAAAUACUUUCAAAACAAAUUUGCAUUACAAAUCACUUUUUCCUCUAAAAAUAUUUAUUUUAAAAAGUAAUUAAUUUCCUAGAACAAUUUUAAACCAAUUCAUGGUUUUGUAGCUAUUCCUUUUUCUAGAAAAAACAAAAUAAUAAAAAAACUCAGUGACUCCAAUACUCUAAAAAAUUCAAAAUUCUAUUUUAUUAAUGUCUUGCUACUAAUUUAACAAGGAAUCUGCUUUACCAAUUGUAGUUUUUGUUAUCAUUGAACUAAUAUAUGCCAAUAGAUCAAAUAGCAGAUAAAAGAUGGUGUGACUGAAUAUUUCAGCACCAAAAUCCAUUAACCAAACCUCAAUUACCUGAUGUCAUCAUGGAAAAGUGAAUGUUAGGGCUUCUUUAGUAAGAACCUAUUUCAGGCCAUUCACUAGAAAUUAAGUAAUAGUUUUAUGUAAUCCAUGAUUUAAUCCCUCAAGAUAUGUAGAAUACCUGUAAAGCAAUACACAUUGCUUUUAUGGGCUCUUGCAAGAGACCUUAGAGCAUGUCCAUAUGAGAAGCUUCAGGUUUAUCUAUCUUCUAAAACAGUCUGUAUGAAAAGGGGACUAUUGAAAACAUCACAUUUAGAAUAUGUAUGCACACAUAUGCAUGCAUGCACACACAUACUUCUGAAUCUUCUUGGAGUAUUAUGUUCUAAAUCAAGUUAGCAUAUAUGAUGUGGAGUAAUGCAGAUAAAGAAGUAGCUCUCCUCUGGGCCCUUAAGAAACACAGGGCACAGUGUGAGGUAUUAUAUCAAAUGAGAACCCCUACUGGGAACAUUAACCAAUUGAGUAGGUUUUACUGAAAGCAUUCGAACUAAAACUGGUAAAUGAAAAAUCAGUUACAUGGAGGUAAAUUCUGUGUCAGGUGUUCUAGUGAAAAUACAGAUAUUGUAUCUAGAUGCCCUUUAAAAUUUACCCCAAGGGACAAACUAUUACAGAGCUUUUUUACCUGGCACAAUAGUUAUCUAAAUUGUGGGCUGUGGAAUUCUAAUUUAUGUUAUAGGUGCCAUGUAGCUUGGAUUGUUUUGAGUCUUUUAGCAUCAGGAGACUGCAUGUGUUGCUCUAUGAUGACUGUUGGUGUUGUAACAAAUCAGUGGU